CAUAAAAGGAGAUUCGUAUCUCAAAACUUCUUGGAGAGACAUACCAAAAAACAUAAACUCCAAUCGCAACAUUUUCGCGUUUUUGGAUGGGGAAGAAGCGGUUUAGUAUUGCGGUGGCGGUUACAUUCUUAUCCUUGGUUCAUAUCGUUGUCUCAGUUCCAUUCAUAAUGCUUCAUGGAAUUUCAGCUGAAUGUUCUGAUCAUACAAAUUCUAACUUCCCAAGGCUUCUCUCUAACCUCUCCGGCUCUCGUGGCUUUUGCGUAGAAAUUGGAAAUGGAAAAAGCGAUUCAUGGCUUAUGCCACUUACAAAGCAAGUAGAAAUCGUGUGUGACAAGGGGAACUUAGUAGCACGCGGGUUGAUCGAGUUUUGCGAUGAUGGGCCUCCGGUUUACAACUAUGUAUCUUUAGCCGGUCCUCAUGCUGGAGAAUCCUCUGUUCCUUUUUGUGGUGAUCAUUUAGCUCCUAGUGGUUAUAUCAAAAUCCCUACUGAUAUCCCAGAGUAUAUGAAAAGUUCUAAGUAUCUACCAAAGCUUAACAAUGAGAUACCAAACGAAAGAAACUCAACUUACAAAGAGCGUUUCACGCGCUUAAAGAACUUGGUUCUGAUUAUGUUUCAGAAUGAUACGGUUAUUGUUCCCAAAGAAUCAUCUUGGUUCGGUUUUUACCAGGAUGGUAAUUAUACAUCUCAACCUCCUCUUCUCUCCGCUCAACAGACAAAGCUCUAUACAGAAGAUUGGAUCGGUUUGAAAACAUUGGAUGUUGCUGGAAAAGUGAAGUUUGUGAGUCUACCUGGCGGACACCUCCAAAUAGCAACUACCGAUGUUAUCAAAUACGUCGUGCCAUAUCUACAAAACCAACCAUCUUGAUCCAUACAAAACGAAGGAAUCUUUGCGUCUUUAAAAAGAGCAGAUACCUCAUUUGUUAUAUGCUUAUUUAUGCAACAGUGACCGAUGAUUGUGUAGAACAAGGAUCCAUAUUCAUAUAAAGAAACUUACAUACCUAUC